AGCAAUCGCUUACAAGAACCUCGGGGUGUGGGUGUCCGUUUACCAAUCCAUCAAGAUUUAGAGUCCAACAGAUUUACUGAAAUGGAAAGAAUGAGAAAUAAAGCCGCUGAUGCCCGUGGUUUAGGGCCAUAUGGUCAACAACUUCUACAAGAUACUAGAGCAGCGAUUGGUGGCCAAUAUACCAAUUUGAAGCAGGCUGGACUUAAUUCGUAUAAACCAAAAAACACCGGACCUAGUCCUGGGAUGGGUAUGUAUUGGGAAAAGGAAGAGAUCAGUACACGAAAACCAAUACCAGAAAGACCAGUCCCGCCUGAUGUCAAAUUAUUACAAUUAGCUAUGAGCAGAUUAAGGAACAUAAACAACGUGAAUAACGAAACGUCAGUUGCGCAAUUAUCGUCAUCAGUUACAGAUCUACCAUUAGAGAUACCAGAACCGAAAUCACUGCAAUUGAAAGAUACCACCGAUGGAUUAGCGAGAGUAACGGAUUUUAAUACAGGAAUAAAUCGCCAGUAUGUAAUAAAUGGCACAAUAUUCGUCCCAGUUAUUGAUUACAGUCUUGAGCGGCUGGGAUUAACAACAACAACAUUCCGUCCUAGAGCCGCUAAGAAAGGACUUCGCACUGAUGAGACAGCAUUGAAAAUCGUCGCUGACAACAUUGAUGUAAAUAAUAUGGAUACAAGAGACUGGUUAGCAAUUGAAGUCGCAGUUGGAAGACUGAAAACAAAAGAGGAAAAUUGCAAUUCCGAAGCCUGUCCAGCUAGGGUAAGACUUUACUUAAUAAACACAUAA